GGGUCACUUACUAGUUUAUGUAUUUAUAGUAAUUAACCCCCUUCGCCCCGCCAACCCCCGUAAGAUAACUGGGUUUCUCCUUUCUUUAAUGGGUUUCAUUCAUGUCGAAUUGGGCUUCAAUCGCUUCACUAAUUGCAUAGUGAGAUUACUGUAACCGUAGUUGCAGAGUUUGCAGAAGGGUUUUUUCCCGCACUCAACAUUUUCAGCGUAGUAAAUUUGGUGAAAACGAAGAACAAGAUGUUGAGAUCGAGGAGAUUUCUUUCAGCAGCAUUGAGAAAUGUAAAUGGCGGAGGCUCGCUAAAAAGAGAAGAGAAGUUUUUCCCCGUUAUCCCUCUGCGCAACCCCUAUCAACGGACUUCUGCUCGAUUCCAAGACGUCUAUGAGAUGGCGACUAAGAGUGCUAUUGAGCAAUCACGAGCUCGACUUAAAGAUGAGAUGAGUAGGGGUUACUUUCAAGACAUGAAAGACUUGGAGAAACAUGGUGGGAAGAUAUCGAAAGCGAAUAAGAGUAUAGUUCCUGCAAAGUCAGCACUCAAGUUUCCUACGCUCGAAGUGUACUUUCCGGAUGGUUCUAAGCUCGAACUACCCGUGACCUCCAAAGAAGACAAAGAAAAUGUGGUUUCAAGCCCUAAGCUGCCCCUAACCUCCAAAACAAAUGAUACCAGUGUGUUGGCAUCAGAUACUGCUAAGGCGUCUUUAAUAUGUCUAUCAUUUCGGGCAAACUCGGGGUCUAUGGUUGCCUCGUGGACCUCACCCUUCCUAAAAGCAUUUGCACGUUCCAGUGAUGUUCGUUUGUACGAGGUGUCCCUAAUUGAUUCGUGGCUAUUGUCUCGUAAGCUUAUAAGGAAACUACUUCUUAAGUUCAUGAGGAAACCCGAGCCUGCAGAGAAGCAAGAUGGUCUGCAGAUGAAGAUUGUCUAUUCUUUUGGCGAUCAUUAUUACUUCAGGAAGGAGCUCAAAAUAGUGAAUCUUCUUACAGGAUACGUGUUCUUACUCGACAAAUCUGGUAGAAUACGGUGGUCGGGUACUGGAUUAGCAACAGAAGACGAGCUGUCAUCGCUACUAUCUUGCACAUCCAUAUUACUGGAUGAGAAGGAAGAAACAAAUGUUUGAUUGGGCGAUAAAAUUUGAAGACACUUAGUCGAGCAAACAAGACGAAUGAGAUCACUGUUUUGGAAGAGUCACUGCCUUUCAAUCUUUUUACAGCUUUCGUCAUCUAACCCAGUAUCUAUUUCCAGAUGGAAUUCUAAUUGCAAAGGUUCUAUGCAUAAAUUGCAUUUGAUUGAAUGCACUUUUGUAUGUUUCUUUAAUUAUAACAUCUUUUAGCAAUAAAUGAAUUCCUAUCAAUGGUCAACAGUAAA